CAAGGAGUCCAAGCAAGGCAAUCAAGUAAAUGCACAGUGAACGAACAGGUAAUUGAACACUUUGGGCUGUAUUUUAAUUCAGAACAAUCCUGUUUUUUUAAAGAAGGGAUUCACUAACCCCUUACAGUUAAUAUAACCUAAGCGUAAGGAGUGUGUUGAGGGGAGGAUAAAACGAUUCUGGGGGAAAAAAGCAAGGCGUAGGGAUGUUUGGUUCCUCAUUACUAGUUACACAAAAUUCUCAAAACUGCAAUGGGACAACCAUUUAAAGCCUUGUAACUAAGGACGAUCAUGAAGACUACAACGCCAGGAAAAAUGCUCGCAGUAGAAAAGAACAGGGACAAGAACGAGAAAAGGGGACAAGCACAACACAAACUAAGAAAUUAACUUUUAAAUUUUUAGAAUUUUUCACUAUACGCACUAAAUCUCAAAAAGAAUAUACUAAAAUAGUUUUCUUCCCUCACCCCCCAAAUCCUUUCAUUUAAUGAAACUUAACCACGUGUCAGGAACUGGGCUAAAUGCCUCACCACCAUCUCAUUCUUACAACAACCUGUGAAGCAGGAACUGUUAUCCUGUUUUCACGGAUGAGCAAACUUAGGCUAAGACAAAGCGAAACUGCCUUGAGCUUCAGUUCCGACUGCCGGGCUCCCGGAGCCAGCGCAACUGUCGCCGGCGCCUCCCGGGAAACCGAGCUCGCCCCGCCCCGUCACCGCCCCACUUCCGCCCCUGCGCACUGGGGCUCUGGCGGACCGCGCUGUCUGGACGUGAUGGCAGCUUCCCGCUUACCCCCGGCGACGCUAACGCUAAAGCAGUUCGUGAGAAGGCAACAAGUUCUCCUCCUCUACAGAAGGAUUUUGCAGGCAAUUCGGCAAGUUCCAAAUGAUUCUGAUCGCAAAUACCUGAAGGACUGGGCAAGGGAAGAAUUCAAAAGAAACAAAAGUGCCACCGAAGAGGAUACAAUCCGGAUGAUGAUUACUCAAGGCAAUAUGCAGCUCAAAGAGUUAGAAAAAACACUUGCUUUAGCCAGAUCUUAACUACAGCAUUAUUCUGAAAGGUUUUCAAAGUCUCCAUGUGUUUAGUUGAGCUUAGGCUCAACAGUGGGUAGCCCAAAGCCAAGUGAAACUAUCUGUACAUAGAGCCCUUGAGCAAAAUAUCAGAACAUGGAGCAUGGCAUAUCAGAGAGAGCCAAGAAAAGGGCAUAAGAGCAAUUGUCUUAGCACUGAAAACAUACCUUUUAUUUUGAAAAUGUUCUUGGAUAUGUCAGCAGUUUUUGGAAGAAGCAAAAACCAGUACGAUAGCACAUAAAAAGAUGUUCAACACCAUUAAUCAUUAGGAAAAUGCAAAUCAAAACCACCAAGAGAUACUAUUUACAUCCACUAGAAUGGCUAUAAUUAAAAAGGAAGAUAAUUGCAAAUGUUGGCGAGGAUGAGGAUGCGGAGAAACUGGAACCCUUAAACACUGCUGGUGGGACUAUAAAAUUGUGCAGCCACUUUGGAAAAAAGACUGUCAGUUGCCCAAAAGGUUAAACAGCAUUAUUCAUAAUAGCCAAAAAGUAGACCAUCCAAAUGCCCAUCAGCUGAUUAAUGGAUAAGUAAAACGUGGAAUACCCAUACAAUAAAGUAUUAUUUAGCAAACAGAAAGGGAUGGAGUACUGAUACAUGCUACACCUGGAUGAACCUUGAAAACAUUAAGUGGCCAGUCACAAAAGAUCAUGUAUGGUAUGAUUCUAUUUAUAUGAAUGCACAACUCUGAAUAUACUAAAAUCUGCUGAACUGUACAUUUUACAGGUAUGUGAAUUAUAUCUGAAUAAAGCCAUUUUUCCCCAAUUUUUUUGAAAUAUAAUUGAUAUAUAAUAUUGUGUAAGUCAAUUAAGCUGUUUUAAAACAGUGUGAGGUAUAGGGCUGGAGGCGUACUGACCUCAGGAGACACCAUGGAGCUUCCUUGGAAAGUCCUUCUGCAUUAACCCUCAGGGUUGUUGAGGUAUGUUCUUCAGAUGUGUUGCAUCUGAUACUCAAGAGGACUUUCCAAAAAGAUCACCACUGGGAAUCUAGAACUUUGAGGGAAAAAGAAGAAAGAGAAGUUUAACAAAUGCACUGAAGCACGUACCAAGAAGAGGAGGCGGCAACUCCUGGUCAAAACGAAUGUGGUUACCUUAAUAUCCACAUGGAAAGUAAAAUAAAUCAUUAAUUAAGGAAGCUCCUCAGUGCAUUAGGUUCUCCUCCAGUGACAGGAAAAAACAGAGUUUGAAGAAUACAUUGGAGACAGAAGUUGACUUCAGGACACUUUUGAAAGAGACCAAAUGUGUUUAACAGUUAAUUUAGUGAAAGUGAAAGCUCGUGGAAGAGGCUGGGAUUGGCAGUUCACCUACAGAACAAAUCUAAAAAGUUAAUCCAAGAAUCAGAGUUAAUCCAAGAAUCUACAUCUGAAAGAUGUAGAAAAACUUUUGCAGGAUAAACAGUGUCUAGUGUUGGACCGUGUGCCAUUGGAGAGGUGUAAACCAGUGGUGUGUCACUAACCUGCAUUCCGAGCCACCCUUGCCCUUCCACAGCUCCAGAACCCACAAGACAAAAAUAAUUCUGAAUACUCUGCCACCGGGGGAUGGGCUAAUCUAAAAUGCUUACAUAAGCCAAUUUUCAGGUUUUUAUAUAGAUGUACGUUAAUCAAGCCAUCUGAUGAACAGAGGGAAAAGCAUGUGUGAACAGUUUCUGAACAGAGAACCUUAGAAAGACUUACUCUUUUGUGUAGCAUGAUUGGCAAAUACUCAAGUACAGGCUAUCUAGUAAAUCUAAAAUCUUGAAGCUAAAAACCAUCCUUUUAUGAAGCGUGACAAGCAGUGACUUUGAUGUUCUUCCUAGAAGCACUGUAUGUGGAAGAUGUAAGAGCAUUUGUGGUUUGUAUUUGCAAGAAUCAAAUACCACAGACUCUCCAAGAAAACCUAAUGUGGGGUUUUGUUUUGAUUUUGUUUAAGUGAAUAAAACAUGAAAAUUUGAAUUUUCAUCUUCCAGAGACUAAGACUAUUCUCGUGGACAAGCUUUUCCCUUCCUCUCUAAAGAACAGUUUAAUUUUAUUUGUUCACUUACAUCUUUGCGUAUCUCCUGAAUUAUAGGCCAAGUCCGUUGUUUAAGCCCAAGAGAAGAUCUAUUUAGCAAUUUCUUCUCACAUGUGGAACCAUGGUCAUUAAGAUGUUGGCCAGAAUAGAACACUGGUGAAACACAUUUUUUUCAUCAUCUUCAUCAGUAUUUUGGAUUAGGCAAAUUUACUGUCUAGGUGUUCCCUGUAAACUAACUAUACUGUUGUUUGAAUGCCGAAGUUUUGUUCCUAAAGUUUAAGAUGUCUGAAUGUUCAACUAAUGUAUAUUAACUACAAUAAAUGCAUCUUUAAACCCC